AUGUUCACGAACUUCAAUAUUUGUUGUUUCUAUAUCAAACCAGUACCAAGUGCUGUGAAUAUAUCGGAAGGGUGUUCCAAUAAUACCGUCAUCUCAGCUACUUGGACAAUCCCUAACAGUGUGGUAGACACCUUCGAUAUCAUGUGCUCCGCUGGUACUGCCUCCCCGGCAUCUAUUCCGCUUGAAUCUAGUCCAACGAGUGAUACCUUUACAGCUUCCUGUACUGAGUUACCAACACCUGGACUGGAAUACAACCUCUCAGUGGUCGCUAUUAGCAACAACAAGCAGAGCGCCAUCCAAACUGUGGGAGUGCAUGCAUGGCCUGCUGGAGUUGUCAACCUCACAGAAGGGUCUGCAUCCACGACAUCCGUGAGCGCGAAUUGGACUGGACCAAAGAAAGCGGUCGAAAGUUUCAGCAUCUCAUGUAGCCAUGGUGAUGCAUCCCCAGCGACCAUUGAAGUCACCAGCCAGUCAUCUUACAUGGCGUCUUGCGUUAAUCUGCCGGUACCAGGCGAUACGUACAAUAUUACUGUGUACAGUAUUGUGGAUAGUUGCUCAACUAAUACUUCGUCUUCUAUUUCCCUGGUUUCAUACGUUGACGACUGUAAUCCUAGUCCCUGUUCGAAUGGUGGAACAUGUACAGAUGGUGUCAGCUCUUAUACAUGUAAUUGUGCUACUGGUUAUACUGGAAUGAAUUGCUCAACAGAUAUCGACAAUUGUUCUUCCGAUCCGUGUGAGAAUGAAGGAGUUUGUACUGAUGGAUUAAACACCUAUACUUGUGCCUGCGUUCUUGGCUAUACUGGGACUAGGUGUGAAACAGAUAUCGACAAUUGUUCUUCCGAUCCGUGUGAGAAUGAAGGAGUUUGUACUGAUGGAUUAAACACCUAUACUUGUGCCUGCGUUCUUGGCUAUACUGGGACUAGGUGUGAAACAGAUAUCGACAAUUGUUCUUCCGAUCCGUGUGAGAAUGAAGGAGUUUGUACUGAUGGAUUAAACACCUAUACUUGUGCCUGCGUUCUUGGCUAUACUGGGACUAGGUGUGAAACAGAUAUCGACAAUUGUUCUUCUGAUCCGUGUGAGAAUGAAGGAGUUUGUACUGAUGGAUUAAACACCUAUACUUGUGCCUGCGUUCUUGGCUAUACUGGGACUAGGUGUGAAACAGAUAUCGACAAUUGUUCUUCCGAUCCAUGUGAGAAUGAAGGAGUUUGUACUGAUGGAUUAAACACCUAUACUUGUGCCUGCGUUCUUGGCUCUACUGGGACUAGGUGUGAAACAGAUAUCGACAAUUGUUCUUCCGAUCCGUGUGAGAAUGAAGGAGUUUGUACUGAUGGAUUAAACACAUAUAAUUGUGCCUGCGUUCUUGGCUAUACUGGGACUAGGUGUGAAACAGACUACCAAUAA